UUGCAGUUAAAAAUCAUGUUUUAAUAUAUUACAACAAUAAGUAUUUUCAAAUGCGACCCAUUGAUAAAAUCGAUGCAGAAAAGCGCCUCUUACAAGCGAAGUAAAUUGCUCUGUUGCUCUGUAAUAUGCAGUCGUGUUGCAAUUAGUAUCUAUGGAUAAAUAUGCUGGUGAAGCGUAGGAUUUACAGGCAUUUACUCAUCGUUAGAAUGAGUACAAGAAAAUGCUCGUUUUAUUGGACAAUUUUGUCUGUCGCCGUGCCUACCCUUUUCUGCUUUAUUGCAUUGAUCAAAUUACAAUAUCACAAGUAUUUAUACAACAGUGUAACUUCGAUAGACACAGUUCAUAUGCGAAAAGGAACACCAACCGUUUCCGAUACUGUCACAAAAGUAGACGUUCAUGUUGAUAUAGAAUCAGUUAUUCGAUGCAAAUCACAAAGCAUGGGGUGUUUCAAUCUAGCGGUGAUGAAGGAAAAAAUUGAUAGAAGUGAGCAAAGUUCUCUGAUGUCAUGUCUUCACGACUGUUCGAAAAGUACUUACCGUUACUACGGGAAAUAG